AUGGUCUACAUUCUACUUUUUGCAGUAGCUUCGUCUGUCGCCAUAUGUAUUGUUUUAUACAAGAUUUUGAGACCAAAGUUUACUAUAAAAGUUGAGUGUUGGUUUUGUCAGAAGAUUACUGUGGUUCCAUAUGGAAACAAGAAUUGUUGGGAUUGUCCUGGCUGUGAACAGUACAAUGGAUUUAGUGAGGAUGGCCACUAUAACAAGCCCAUUCCAGCUCAGUACAGUGAGAGUAUGAACUACCCUGUUAACUGCAAGACUGAGGAAUUUAUCAGCAAAGACUCUCUUUUGUGUGAUGAAUGUAAUCAAAACCAGCUCCUGAAGGUUCGACAGCUGGCUGCAUUUGUGCCAUUUAAUGAGAACAAAUUUGACGAGGAAGUAGAAGCGUUUGAACAGCACCUGGAGCAUGUUUACCGAUUGUGUGAUGUAUGUCAGGGCACCGUCAACAUGGAGCUGGAUAAACAAGAUCAUGUCCUUAGAACAGUUCUGGACCAAGUCACUGCUGCCAAUAUGUCCAAGUCCUCGGACAAGUCAUUUGAGGAAAAAGUGUCUCCCCGAGCCAAAGUUACGGCCUUUCUCCACAGAAACCCUGGUAUCCCUGUUUCUGUUGUCAUGACUACAGUGUCAACUGUGUGUGCCCUGACACUGUGUCUUAUCCAUUGUCACAUCCUGCAGCAACAUUUACAGACAACAUGGCUACCAAUGUCAUAUUUCAUUCCUUUCAUACAUUCAGCUCUGACAAAGCUGGACAUCAUUGGAGGCUUAGGAAUUCUGUCCUGUUUCUUGGCCAAAUUUGUUAUUGGUAAAAACAGAUUACAUGUACUGGAUGCUGUGAACAUUCCACUGUGGAUACUAACUCUGAUAGUGGACAGUCAUGUUGGCCAGAUCCUCUCUGGUCAAGAUUGGGCACCAGUUGUAAGCUGUGUCCAUCAUGUUCUGAAUACAAUCACUGGAAUCUCGUGUCUUCUGGUUUCCAGGAAGUGUAGAUCACAGCCAAACAUAAGUAUGAAAAGAUUAUCAUUGGACAAUAGCCGUUCAUCUCGAGGGUCAGACAGUACAUUGACUGAUAGCAGCCCCUUACAGUCUGUGAGUGAAGCAGCCUAUAGACAUGUAUAUGACCAUCAGAACACAGUCAGCCAACAGAAGAGUGACAGACUGGAUGAUGCAUUGUCAGAUUUAGGAUCAUUCUCCAUCGGUUCAGCCAGCUUGAAAAGAUCUCCGUCGGGUGUGUUUGGCUGCUCUUCCUUUACUUCUGGUCAACCAGUGUCCAAGACUGGGUUCUCCUUUGGUCAAGCCUUACAAGAAAAACAUAACCGCCCACUGAUCAGCCCUGCCAAACUGCAAGUCAAUAAUUCUGGAGCAUGGUUGACCCAAAAUAGAGCAGAUAAUCCCUUCUUACAGGAUAAAAGAGAAACCUCCAUGUUUAAGGUUGAUAGUAGGACUAAUAAUUUUUCAAUGGGGCACAACAAUCAGACACCAAAUAUAUUUUCAGAUAAGGCUUCAUUUUUCAAUGAUAAUACUUCCUUCAAGGGAGAUAACCAAAGUGUGUUUGACGAUAGAGGGUCAUGCUAUAGUGGAAAUUUUGUUUCAUCUGCAUCAAAAUCACAUUUAAGUGAUCAUGGUACAACAGUUACUGGACGUUUCUCCUCUUGCAACGAUACUGCAAGAAAAAGCUGGAGUGUGCGUAACCAUGUCAUCAACAAAAUGGACGAAUUCCAUGACAAGGAAAGUCGUUCGACAGCAUCAUCAUUUUGUCCUGUGGACAGUACCACAAAAGUAGAGGCAAAGGCCACAGGUUUUUGGAGAUCCUCAGGAUUUAUUGGUUUCGUGCUAGGUGCCAGUUUUGUGAUAAAUGUUUUCCUAACCUACAACAGCUGGAAUAGGUCUUCCUGAGCACCAAUUUGGACCCAACACAAAAUGAGCUUGUAUGAUAUUAAACAAACUCCCUCACACUUAUGCUGGUUCACUAGGAAUUUGAGUCAUAUUUUUUUUUUUUAAAUUAUAAAUUUUUAUGGAGUCUAAUUUUAGUGGUUUUCCAAAAAAUCAUGAUUUUAUAACCAUUUGAUUUCGUUGAUAAAUAUAGCUCAAUAAUUGUCCUUACACUAACUAUAUCAUUUCAUGGACAUGUGAAUUUGUGGAUUUAGAAUUCCUAUGAAAUCAAUGCAAAUAAAUCGCCCACGAAUGUUAACUAUUUCACAGUAUGUGGGCCCUCCAAGUGUUAUGUUAAUUUCAUCAUUUGAAUUAUGUAUUUAUGUUCUAGUCAUAUUUACUAGUACAUGUACUCCUGAAACAGAUAUCAAGUGUUUCAGUACUGAGUUAAUGUACUGUGCAAAUCUUAAUAUUUACAUUUGCUCUGCUUUGAAUUGUACUAUAAACCUUAUCCUAUAGAUGUGAAUUUUUUGUCUGUUAACGACUAUGAUACCACUAGAUAAAUUCAACAUCGCAUAUUUAUGAACUGGAGGGAAAUGAAUUCAAUGACAGAAGCUGUAGAAGUAUUUUAUCAUUAUAAAGAAAAAUAACUUGUGUUUGAGAGAGGCAGCAUCCUAGCUUGUGUUCGAGACACAAAAUGCUAACAUGUGUUUGAAACACAAAAUGCUAAAAUGUGUUUGAGACAGAGAAACCUUACUUGUGUUUAAGAGGUAGCAUGCUAACUUGUGUUUGAAAGAGGCAGUGUGCUAACUAGUGUUUGAAACACAGAAUACGAACUUGUGUUUGAGACACAAUAUGCUAAUAUGUUUGAGAGGUAGAGUGCUAACUUGUGUUUGCAUGGCAGGGUCCUAACUUGUGUUUAAAAGGCAGUGUGCUAGCUUUUGUUUGAGAGCUCUUUGCUAACUUGCGUUUGACAGAGGCAGCAUGCAAACGUGUAUUGAAAGAGACAGUGUUAUUACUUGUGCUAAAAGAGUUGUGUGUGUGGAGUAAUUGUAGCAUUUCAGAUGUGUGCAAGAUUUUUAUUUUCAAUUGACUUGAUUUUAUAAACAAAUUAUGUAUAUUAAGACAAAAUGGAUCAGUAACGAAAGAUCCAUUUCUUAAUACAAAUAUUUUUGAUAUACAUCUACACAUGCAAUGUAUACAGUUGUGAAAUGUGUUCUGGAAGUGUGUAUCCGAACAAAACUUCCUAUUGAACUUUUUAUGAUUUUGUUAAAAUUAGUUCAAUUAUGCUUUUGAAUUCACACCAAAAUGACUGGAAACAUAUAUAAUUCAUUAUAAAUGACAAAAAAAUUUAUCAUUCUGCGGAGUUGGCUGGAAAAUCGGAGCCUUUUCUCAAUAUCAUUCUCUCUGCAGAAUUGUAUUUUCUCAAGAAUUGGCAGAGUCACAUUAAAAUCUCUUUACAAACAUAAUAUGAUAAAUGAUACCAUGUUCUUAAACAAGAACCCUGAAUACCUUGUAGGAUAUAAAGAGUAGUUUCUCAGCAACAUAACAUUUACAGGUAAUUUGACUCAGAAAGGCUUAACAAUACACAAUCUUAUAUAUAGUCUGUCAAAGCUUGUGUAUCACUGCUCUUCCUAUCAACUUUGUAAUUGUUUCAAUUCUAAAACCAAUCGGCAAGCUAUAGAUUAUCAACUUUUGAUUUUGCCAUGAAAAUAUCUGUUGUUAAAUAAAUCACUGUGAAGAUUGUAAGUUUCAUGAUCUUGCAGUCAAUACUAGAGGUUGUUUCAGAGGAGAACAAAAUGGUACUUGUGAUAUAUUUCAGUAUUAAAGACAUAUUGUGAUAUUUUUCUGUAUAACCUGAUUAUGGGUACAUUUGUUUGUAUAUUAAUGGUUUAAUUUAUUACUUUUGACGGUUUUAUUUUUGAGCUGUUCUUUUUUUCAUUACUUCUGAAGAUUGAGUAAAAACCACUAAAAGAUACUUUAACAAUGAAAUAAGUAGAGAUAUAUGA